AUGGACAGAUGGCCCGUCAAGCAAGACGGCAAGGACGGGCGGUCGGGAAGUCAUCAGCUUUCAGAACUAUGUAAAGAACCAGAGCCAGAAACAAGGAAGUUCUAUGGCGAUGAUGGUUGCUUGUUUGAUGUCGAUAUUUCUAUGGCUGAUGGUCGAUGGCGUCCGGGCGGCGCGGCGACGGCAAGGUUCAAGGCUUCAAAUGCCACCACCACCACAGGCGAUGUGUGUAUUAUUAUGAGUCCCUGCUACUCCUUCGGGAGGAAGGUGCUCGGUUUCGCAACCCCCCAACCCUUUUUUUUUCUCCAUUGUCCCCAUCUCUGUAGGGCACUGCAAUGA